CUCCGCUGAGCCCCCGCCAAGGCCGCCCGGUGGAUCUCUUGGGGAUGAGGAACAAACUGAGAUCCCGUGUUCCCAGCGCCCAGUGACGUUUCCAGCUCACACGCUCAAAAAUCUGAUCACAUGCGUUGUGACAAGAGGACUUGUAUCUGGGACAGGCCCUGUUACAGGCUUCUUUACCUUUGGUCUGACACCUCAGCAUUGUGCUACACUGUGGCCAGCGACUGUGACUGGGUUUUUUGUUUGGUUGUGGUUUUUUCCUGGUCCCAAGUUCUGAAUUUCUCAAGCCCUUUAAUGCUACAAUUAGCAAAGAAACACAGGCCUGUGUCCAUUUACUCGGCUGCUCCUUAGGGUUCAGACAUCUGAAAAUUCUUUAUUAUCUGCUAGAAGAUCUAAUCAAUAGUAAAAACAGUUUUCUAAUUUUCCUGCAGAAGGUUCUAGUGACUGUGUGAAUGGAUUACCAGUCUCCUUUCCAUACAUUAGCUAGAAGCUUUCAUGUUUGAUAAACAGGUUUAGUAAACCACAAACAGUUCUCCCCUCAUAGCUUCUCUUCCUUAGCUCUCAGCACUUUUUGUAGAAGGCCUGAGGCUUAUUAGGUCCACACUAUGAAUAGAGAAACUGAGGCACUGGGAACCAAUGCACCAAAAGAAAUGGCAAAGCAAGAACCAAGCCUGUGUGUUCAAUGCAAUGUUUUUUGGUAGCAUUCCUAAGGGUGAUGCAGCUAGCCCAGGUUAGCUGAGACUUGCAUCAGCUCGUCUGGUAGCCAUACACAGAUCUCUCUAAAAUUACCUGAUGGCCUGUAGCCAGGCUUAUCUCAAACUGAAUAGGCUUUCCUCUCAACAAUCUUCUCUGCUACUCUGAAAAGCCAGUUCCUCCCAUGAGGAGAUUGACAGCUGGACUGUCAAUCUCUCAGAAUCAGACUUGAAACCAGUCAGAAUUUACUCAUGAGAAUAUUACAGUGAAAUUCUGAAGCUUUAGUAAAACCUACAGAGAAGGCCAAGAAGAUAAUUAAUAAGAGAAGAUGUUCUGGACACAAGGGGAGGAUGUUCUUGUUAUGUUAUAUUGAGAGUGUACAAAGAAGAGCUUGUAGAUAAUGUGUAGCAACUAUACUUUUGCUUGUAUAGUUGGUUGUUUACUGCCUGAAUGGUCAUUGCUUGUUAGACAGCCUUGUCAUUGUUUGCAAAGCAGCUAAUCCUAAAUUAGGCCACAGCCAUUGUGAAAAGGUAUAAGAAUAGCAAUAGAAAAAAUAAAAAAUCUUUCUACCUUUCUUGACUAUAGUUUACUAGUGUGGCUUUUAUGUCCGCCUUGACAACAGCCACACUCCCAAGCAAACUGUAUUUUAAAAACUAAAGGCAUCCCAGAAUGCCUCCCUUCACAUGCAUAUUUUUCGCCAGUGGGUUGCAGCAGAAAGACCAAAAAUCAAUGAAAAAACCAAAAACAACAACAAAAGGCCCCAUAACCACAAAAGCCUGGCUUCUUUGUGGUCUCAGCUCAAACCCAUCUCCAGGGCUGUGGUAUCUGGGGCCUGCUCGGGAGGCACUGGAAGCAGUGGGCAGCCUGAUAAUAGACACUGUAGGACAGCUGUAAUAGCUGUGCCCAGUGCCAGGCUGCUCCUAAUCUCCCCGGUGCCAAAAGUCCCUCGGAGUCAGCUCAUGCAGCACAGUCCCCUCUCUCCCCAGUGACUCUGCUAAUCUGCAGCUGCACAUGUGCCACAGCCGUUCCUGGGAAGUGCCUUGGGCUGUUAACAGGCUUGGGGCUUCUCAGGGCUGAGCAGAGACAGGCCUGCAACUAAAUCUACACAGAAACAGGCCCCUCAUAAGCUAGGUCUGGGGUAAAGUCAGACUUAGAGGUUCACAGAAAUGCAGAUGGGAAGGAGAGGGAAAAGAGGCCCGAACUCACAUCUGCUUCACAAAGCAUCUCAGCUACCUGGUGUCAUGUGCCAGAAUUUUUAAGACUCUAUAAGGAAGCACUUCAGAGGAGGCACAUGAUUCUAGGGAGCUAUUUUCAGCAAGAGGAAAAACCCCUAUUUAGUGAUUGCAUAGUUAUUUCACUUCUCUUUUUCCCCUUUCCUUCUGAGAUGUGCUCAGCAAAUAUAUUUAUUGCUGAAAUUAUUUUGUCAUAUUUUUGGACAGUGAAUUAGCACCUUCAGCCUCUUCUUCCCAAGCUGCGUCUUUUGUGAAUACAUUGCAUAUUUUAAAGAGUAUUUAUUUAGUGCCAGCAUCUCUCUGCUGACAUUGUGUCAAGGCAGCUCCCAUUCAGAAUCCAGCAACUGAAUAUACAGCUCAGAUCUCCAUUAUUGCUCUUAGCUAAGGAUGGUUGGAGAAAACAAGUAUGAAAUGUGCAUAAAUAAAAUGAGAUUUGCUUUUAAAGUAAAUGUCCAAAUAACCUUUUCAGAAUUCUCUUAGGGAAUUGUAGAGAAUAUCCAAAACCAUUGUGGGAAAUAUUGUGAAUGUGGCAAUCGGACAGAACUUUUGCAUAUCUUGCUGGGUAAACUGAAUGGCUUAGAGAAUACCUAUCUUUUGUAAAAUGAUAAAAUGAUUGUGUUUUAAGGAAACAAAAUUAAUCUACCUGAACUCAAAGUCUUCCUUUUAUUGCUCCCUACUGAGUAUGCUCAUAGCAUGGCAGACAGGAUGUUUGCUCUCUACUCUUUUGCAAUGCGCUUCUGGUGCUGAACUCUGUGUUAGGAGCAGUUGUUUCUUCAUUGGCUGGUGGGAGAACUGGAAGUCAUUGAGCAGUGGGGGAAGCCUGGAAUAAGCCGAUUUUUCUUCUGGAACAAUAUGGAAGUUCAGAAAUUCCUUAUCUCUAGCAACCCAUCAAGUGGCAAAGUAGUUACCUUCAGUGAGUCAAGCCAGUGUCAGUCACCAUUUUAUGUUAAAUAAUUUAAGGUGCUUUUCUAAUUAUAGUUCCUUUCCCCAUCCUUAAAAGGAACACUUGCAAGGCAGUGGCAGUCAUUUGAUAUGUAAUGAAACUGCUCUAGGCUUCCAGAAAUUAGUCCAUCCUGGGUUUCUGCUGCUCAGUGAUACUGGUCCUGGUUAUCAGCAGCCAAACAUGACUGUGUUGUGUUUUGUUCUGCCUCACAUAGUUUCCUUUAACACAGUGAGAUGUUUCACUCAGUGAAUGUUACAGUUCACUUCAGACAACUUCAGUGGAAUGGAGUUUUCACCUCUAACAUUUUCCUGGCAAGGUCUGAAGUACAUCUGAGAUAUAAGAAAUUAAGAAAUAUUAGAAAUGCAGUUAUUUCUUAAUGUCAGGAAAUGAAGAGAGAGAGGGAGAGAGAAAGAGCAUCCGUGCAACCUAGCCACAAGUUAAUUCAAGUUUUGGCUGUAAAUGAUGGAUUCUUAUAACUUUUUAAGGACCAUGCAUCACUGAGAGUGCAGUGUUCUAUCUAUGUAUUACAAAGUAUUUUUUGUUACUGCUCCUGUCCCCCUCCUGCAUGCAGUCAGACACUGGGAAUAAUGCUUGUUAGUGGAGUUUUCCUUGCAAUGCACUAAAUGUUGUGAUUAUAGGAGGCCCCUGCUCACAAGUUGUUACUGUUUUUAUUAUGGGUGUUGUCCUCUAUGACUCAUAUGAUGCUAAAAUUUAAAUUAUGUUGCAGAAGCACAUGUGCUUAAUAAAUUAAGAUCACUCACUUUGGGCUAUAAUCUCUAGAUAUGCACAUACAUUUGUAUAUAGAUUAUGUCUAAUAUAAAAUAAUGAAACACAACUAGAAUAUGCACAUAUAUUCAUGCAUCACACUGCUGCACAGAGAACUGGAAUCAAUUGUGAGAGGGUGCAUGUGACAAUGUUGCUUUCCAAGCCACUCAGCGAUGCACCUGUUCUGUUGUACCUGUACCCAGGCAGUAAAGAGGCCCUUGGCUCCUGGUGCAAUGCCUGGGGCUGGCUACUCCCCUGGCUGGCUGAGUGACAGUCCCUCGGGUAUAAAAGGGCCCCUGGGGCGGGGCUGUGCUGGGUGUAGCUGAUAGAGCAGCAGGCAGAGGGCUUUUUCUGGGGACUGCAGCUGGAGAGCCCUGGUGAGGUUGUAGCCACCAACAGGUCCGAGCCACACAAAAUGCGUGAAAUCGUGCACCUGCAGAUUGGCCAGUGUGGGAACCAAAUUGGAUCCAAGUUCUGGGAGGUGCUUGGUGAGGAACAUGGGAUUGACAUCACUGGGAACUAUCGUGGGGAUUCACCACUGCAGCUGGAGCGAAUUAACGUGUACUUCAAUGAGGCUUAUUCCCAUAAAUACGUGCCCCGUUCCAUCCUGGUGGACCUGGAGCCUGGGACGAUGGACAGUGUCCGGUCCAGCAAAAUCGGCCCCCUCUUUCGACCUGACAACUUUAUCCAUGGUAAUUCAGGUGCUGGCAACAACUGGGCCAAGGGCCAUUACACAGAAGGUGCUGAACUGAUUGAAAACGUCAUGGAUGUGGUCAGGAAUGAGUGUGAGAGCUGUGACUGCCUUCAGGGAUUCCAGCUCAUCCAUUCCCUUGGUGGUGGCACAGGUUCAGGCAUGGGGACACUCCUCAUCAACAAGAUCAGAGAGGAAUAUCCUGACAGGAUCAUGAACACCUUCAGCGUCGUGCCCUCACCCAAGGUAUCCGACACGGUGGUGGAACCGUACAAUGCCAUCCUCUCCAUCCACCAGCUGAUAGAGAACACAGAUGAAACCUUUUGCAUUGACAAUGAAGCUCUGUAUGAUAUAUGCUUUAGGACAUUAAAGCUCACCAAUCCCACCUAUGGGGACCUCAACCACUUGGUGUCCCUAACGAUGAGCGGCGUCACCACCUCGCUGCGUUUCCCUGGCCAGCUGAACGCGGAUCUGCGGAAGCUGGCUGUCAACAUGGUGCCCUUUCCUCGCCUGCACUUCUUCAUGCCAGGCUUUGCCCCGCUGACAGCUCGGGGCAGCCAGCAGUACCGGGCCCUGACGGUGCCAGAGCUCACCCAGCAGAUGUUUGAUGCUCGGAAUAUGAUGGCAGCCUGCGACCCCCGCCGCGGGCGCUACCUCACCGUCGCCUGCAUCUUCAGGGGCAGAAUGUCCACCAAGGAAGUGGAUGAGCAGCUGCUGUCUAUCCAGACCAAGAACAGCUCCUACUUUGUGGAGUGGAUCCCUAACAAUGUCAAAGUGGCCGUGUGUGACAUCCCGCCACGAGGGCUGAGGAUGGCAGCCACUUUUAUUGGCAAUAACACGGCCAUCCAGGAGCUCUUCAUCAGGGUGUCCGAACAGUUCUCGGCCAUGUUCAGAAGGAAAGCGUUUCUCCACUGGUACACGGGGGAAGGCAUGGAUGAGAUGGAGUUUUCUGAAGCAGAAGGUAACACCAAUGACCUUGUGUCCGAGUACCAGCAGUACCAGGAUGCCACUGCAGAUGUGGAGGAAUUUGAAGAGGUAGAAGUGGAAGCAGAACCCAAGCCAGAAAAGGAAGCAGAGUAAAAAGUAUCCAAACAUUGUCCAAAUGAGCCUGUUCACAUUCACUAAAGACAAAGCAAUAGCCAUCAUCUGCAUGCCCAAAAUAACAUUCUUCAGAAUUUUUUCCCUGCAUCUGGCCAAGUAUAUCUGAUAUUACAACACAAUGCUUUUGAAAUUAAUGGCAGCUCUGCUUUACUGUCUUAAACAACUGUUGACACUGAAUCUCUCCCAAAACCAAUCUACUAUGAAGACAAAUUGUCUCAUAACAGCCUUUCCUGUAAAUGCAUUAACUUUUAGAAUACAAUCACCAGAUACUGAAUGUACUAUACAGCCACUGUGCCUGUGUAUAUAGAUCAGGAUCAUAAGCAAUAGCAAAUUAUGCUGUCAGUUCAUCACAUUUAUUUAUUCUCAGGUAAUCACAAUCAACAGUCCCUUGUUGAUUGUGAACUUGUUACUGGUUUAGGAACAUGUGCACAUCUCUAAGGCCUGCAAAGGCAGUGACUCUUCUGCUAUCACUCCACAGACUGAUGCAGAUCUGCAGAAACAUCAGGGGAAAAAUGACUGAAUAUGCACAUUCUUAUUUUCUCUCACAUUGCUGGCUUAUAUUAUUGCAGAGCUUGUAUUCAUUAUUAUGGUGUGGUUUGUUUCUAUUUCUAACUACAGGUUGAGUUACAUUAGCACACUAAGUUGUGACAUUGUGUAAAAGUUUCGGUGUGGUAUUUUUUUUCCUAGGUACUAACUACUGUAAAUUUUUUCCUAACAUUCAGUACAACAAAGAUGACAUAGAAUGGUUUGCAGCUUGUUAAUAUAAGUUACAUGGAAGUCACUAAAACAAAACCAUAUUUUGCCUUCAGUGAAAAUUUUCUUGCCAUCACAGCUGUCUACUUAACAAUGUAUUUAUAAUAUUCUUUUAAAUAAAGAUUAUAUACCAUUCUAUAAAA